CAACGGAAUCGAUUGUUUGAUAAAGGAAAUAAAAUAAAUAUAUCAAAUUUUCUUUCUCGGUUAUCGUAUUGAUUUUGUUUUGUAAUUUUUAUUGAAAAUAAUGGACGACGAUGAUUUUGUAGACAUGGAAAAACCAGUUACUAAGCCUGGGACGGUCCUGCCGCAUCUGUUGGGAAUAGUUGCACAUGCAGUAAUCGAUGAUAAAUCGCACAACUUGAUAGAAGAUUUGGCCAGAAGGAAGAAAUACACAAAACCCAUUUCGGAAAAUUAUAAUGACGAUAAGGAAAGUAUUCGACGUCGUUUAAAUGAAAGCGAUCGUGUAAUAUCAGAGCUGCUUCGUGACGGCCGUGAGCUUAUUCAGGAUAUUCGUAUAGCUAACGAUAAACGAGAAGUUGAAAGGCGUGUCAAGGAGGCAGAAAUUAGAGAAGAACUUUUGGAAAAGUUGCAAACUGAAUCAGCUGAAGCGGUUGCGAGAUUUGAUUCGAUAUCAGAAAAAUGGUCUGAGCUGAAAGAACUUAAAGAUCCUAUGGGUGUCAACGACGAAUUACAAUUGCAGAAGGACCGUAUACAUGAUCUAAUGAACCAGAAGGACAUUAUCAUAGACGAAUGUCGAAAAGAGCUCAAAUUAGCUGAUGAAAGAUACACAAGAGACUUGCUUAAACAGACAACGGAUAUACAUAGUUUGGUGGAGCGUGUCGAUAGUCAAAUCGAAAUAAUGAAGAGGGCCUUUAAGGAACAUUUGGAAUUAUUGGAAAACACAAUUGAUGAAGAACGUCACAUAUUACGAAUGGCAGCAUCGAAGAAAUGGGAUGAUUUGUACUCGCGACGUGCGGUCAAUGAGCGAAUCAAAAUGAAACAGGAGAAGGAACGACUUGAAUUUUAUCGAGACGAGAUAGAUCGAAUUGAACAAGAGCACAUCGAAGUGACCAGAGCGACACGAAUCCGAUUGGAGCAGGACAACCAAGCAUUGGAGAUUGAAUUGCAAAAGGUCAAAACCAACACCACUUUGAAUUCAGAAAAACUGGAUUAUAAUUUUCAAGUUUUGAAGAAACGUGAAGAUGAGAACCUUAUGGUGCGCAAUGCACAAAAACGUAGGUUGACUAAACUGAACGAGACUAUUUUCCUUCUGAGAAGAAAAAUCAAAGAUGUACAGAUGAACUGUUUGAUAGAAACUGAGAAACUAACAUCUGAUAUAAUGAAAUUACGAUUUAACAUAAGCCACAUGAAUACGAAAGUGAAUACAUUCGCUGAAGUAAAUGACAAAAAAUAUCAUUCUAUAUGGCAAAUGAAUAAAAACGAAUGUUCGGACGUUUUAAAAAGCAUUUUGGAAAUAGAUAAAAUAUUAAUUGAGCAGCACCUCGGACUAAAGUGGCAGGCAGUUCAACUUCCAGAAGAACAUGCUCAAAAAUUGUCAGAUAAGAUUGGAUCUUUCGAUAGUGAUAGUACGCUAGUGCCCUCACAAGUAAAUACAUCGUUAAUGACUUUUGACGAUUUGGACGAACGUAAGCAAAUACUGGAUAUUCUACAAAUGAUUCUAAGACAAGCAGGAUUUCUUAUUGAUAAAACGGCUUUAAAGUUAAUUGAGGAGUACACUGAAGAUGAGCAAAAUCUCGUCUGUUUGGAUAAUGUUUUUAAUGCAUUGGGUAUAUUAAAUUGGGAUGAAGUGCGAAAGUUGAAAGAAAAAUUUGAAGAAGUAAUGAAGAUGCAUUGUCGAUCAACGAACGAAUUGUUUACAAAAUCUGAUGAAACGGGUUCAUUACGAAGUGAUGAAACAGACGAGCAUAUCAAGACACACAUUGAUGGAGAAGCGAGUGAUUCGGAAAUAAGUUCAAUGUUGAUGCCAUCCGAGAAAUUACGUGCUUUGAAAGAUUUCACCCAACAAUUGGCCAGUGCUGAUAAAACUGCUCCACAGCCCACCUAUGGAGGAUUAUCCAGGAAAAUUUCAGUAAAAGAUGUUAAGGAUUACUGGGCUAAUUUCAAAAACCUAUUCACACCAGAUAGGGUUAAGGUGUGGAACACAAUGGAAGAUAAUUUAACGCAGUAUUUGAAGAUUUUGAAAGAACGCAAAGGCUUGGAUGAAGAAUGUGAGUUUCUAAGAAAACAAAACAUGGAACUACACCAUUUGAUGCAGAAGAUGUUGGGACCAGACGUAAGAUGUGUUAAGUGAUUUGCUUUGAUUAGUGUGUGGAUAAAUUACAACUGAAAAGCCAAAUAAAUUAUAUGUUAAACGGAUGUUCAAAGUCCAUACUGCAG